AUGCCAAGCCCGGAGCUGGACGGCUGCACCACGGACUACGUUUCGCCAUUAGUGGGGUCAGGCCAGUUUCGGAUUUAAUUCGAUUGUGUCGCGGAACUUUUCGCAUCACCAGAAUAUAAAAAAACAUUCUUUAGAACUAUGAUAUAGCUUUUCUACACUCAAAAAUCGCAUAUAUUUCUAUUUUUUCACCACUUUACUGCCAAAUUUUUAUCUAAAAAUGAUUUUAAAAUGCCACGAAGGCGGUGACUUUUUCUUCAGCUUCCUGGUGCUGGCCGAGUUCUGUAUUGGAGCAGUGUCGAUCAUUUUGAACUGCGCGUUGGCUGUGUGUUCCUAUCAUGCCGUCCCGUUCUCAUUUUCGCAACGACAAAGCUUGGUAAGCCGAAAAUUUUUAUUGGCAAAAAUAACCGUGGAUUCACCACAAUAUCUCUUCUUUGUAGGGCGCAAUAAGUUUGAAUUAUGUGCUGGUCUCCGGUGUCAUCCUUGCAAGAUCGAUUUUCGUCGGAUUCAUUGCGUAUUCCACCUGCAAUACGACGGUUACUACAGCCAACUGCAAGAUCCAGGAGUUCCCGCUGGUCUUUGUCUACUUCCAAGCUGCGUUCAUGCCAGCGUUGCUGGCCGUGCAGUUCUUUUAUAAACAAAAGUAGGUUAGAAACGUCUCUGGAAGUAAAUUGGCUUGUUGGCCUUAUUUUUUUGGUAGACCCAUGUUCAACGUAUUUUAAAAGCCUUGUCUACAACGCAAUAAGCUGGACUGUCAGUGUCAUAAAAGUAGUUUCAAUCGAAAAUUUUAUAUUGCGGGAGAGCGAGAUAUUGUGUCCUUUAUGAUUUGAGCAACAACCGUAUAUCAAUUGUCGAAAAAAAUAGUGUCCAGCAGGAAAAAACAUUAUUUGGAUUUGUCUACUCCACCGCGGGUGAACGAAAUUGAGUUUUUUUUUGGCAAAAACUGUUAUAAGAAGAUAUAUUAUCAAGUCUGUCGGAAAAAUAAUGUGGAUUUGUCUCGCCUUGUAAUCGCUCAUCAUUGGCCCAGGCUAGCCUCGGUUGGGAAUUUGGUGCGCGAUUGCGACGAGGCAGAACAUCUUUUUGCGACAAAUCUACACUAUAUCCCGACAGAUUGAUAACACUGAAACGUUUCAUCGAAAAAGUCGCAAAAAAUUUUUGAUUUCUUUGAACCACCUUUAUCGACUUUUUCGAGUUGACGAAAGUUCUCAAAAGAGCGGUUUUUUGAACACAGCGGGAGCUGACACAUGUCUUGAAAAAUCUAAAAAAAUACAAGUAUUCAUAGGGUUUGUGGUUAUACUUUUGUUUUGCCCCGAUUGACUUGAUUUUUGGCAUGGUGGUUCUUUUAGAUCUUCUAUUUAAGUAUUUGAAAAAAAAUUUCGAAAUUUUCAAUUUUGAGUGACCUAUGACGUCAUGAAAAGUCGAAACUUUGAGCUGCCAUAUCUCGCUUCGUUUUAUAGGUAUGGACUUGAUUUUUGGCUUCGUCGCGUAUGGUACAUAAUGGGACAAUCACUGUCGAAAUUUUUUCGAAAUUUCAAAAUUUACGAAAAAAAUCCCAAAAAAAGACCUUUUUUCGUAUCUUUUAAUUAGACCGGGGAAUAUUGAAACGCAAGCUUCUACAGGUCCAUAUCGGGAAAGCAAAUUCAUAACUAAGAGAUAACUCCAUGUAUGUGUAGAUACGGCCAUGUACAAAGUUACACUUCCAGAAAACCCCGUCAUGAUGACGCAUUUUCUGGAUUUUUUCGAUUCCAUUGAAUUCUACGUACCAAACUUCCUAUUAGGUCGUGUCUUUCUUUUUUGUACUUUACUUCGUAUUUUAGCUAUGGCUUACUGUAAAAAACACGAUUUGCACAGUGCAAAAUUCAAAAAAAUCGUUCUCGGCUCCCAGGUCGAAAUUCAAAAAAACGGCUCGCGGAUCUUAUUUUUUUUGCUCGAAGAUUGUCCCAAAAUUUUUUCAGAACAUUCUACGUAGCCAUCGUUUCAGAAAAUGUGCAUACUUGAAAACGCAAUUUUUCGAAAUUUUCAAAAUUUUGACUUUUUCAAAAUUUUCUCACUGAUGUACAACAACGAUUUCAAAAAUGUUCAACUACAGAUUGUAGAGCUCGAAGAGCUCUACAAAUUACCCGCUUACAUCGUCUUCGUAUAUUGGAAAUUACGGCCGCCAGAGCGGCCGGAAAUUUCGGUCGAUUUUUGGUGCACUGUGCGAAAAAAAUUGCCCUCAGGGCAAUUAGCGGAGUUGAACAAAUUGAUCAUAUGGGUGCUAUAGGACACAAAAUGAACUACCAUCGUGCCAAGUUUCAGCUUUCUACCUGCAAUAUUCCGUGCGCACCGUGCAGUCAAAAAAAAAUUUCGAAAUUUCGGCCAAAAUUCGGCCCUGAGGGCUUGGAAUCGAAUUUUUUCGGAUUUUAAUUUCGUCCAUCGUAUUCAGCACACGGAACUGCUACAGAAACAGGUAUCGAUUCCUAAAAUACGCACAGGUUGAAAAAGCAGUAUUCGAAUUUCCGAAUUUUUGGAUUUUACUUAUUUUGACGAAAGUUACUAUAGCUCGGGAACAAGGUCGAAAUUGAAAAAUCGGCUCCACGCGUGCAGUAGAUAAUUUUGUUGCCUUGGUAUAACCAUUGAAAUCUGAACCGUGUGAUAAGCCCGUAAGGCCAAAUCGUGCAGCGACUUUUUUGACCAAAAAAUUCAAAAUUUUUAAAACCGUCAAAACUCAAAAAUUUCCAACUAAAGUUCGUCUAAAAGUUACAUAUUCAGAAUCUCCAUGUCAUUUCAGACAUAGUCGUAUCUUUUUCCUCGGUACUUUUAGUGCAACAAGUGCCAGUUUUGAAAAAACGCCCACUUUCACGACCGAAAACACAGGAAAAGAGCGCGGCGAAGAGAGAGAGCGGGUAGAGAACCGCUUCCCUCUUCGUUUGGCGGGAGAAAAGAGAGAGUGGGAAAGGUGUGGAGGGUGGUUAGACAAAGGUUUUCUCUUUCGAUUCCGGUUAGAGAUCAGGCGAAGAGAGUGCUGAGUGUGAGGAGGGUGGUACGGAAACUGUCAUCGUGACGCGUCAUGACGGGGUUUUCUGGAUUUUUUCGAGAAAUUUUUGUAAAAUUAUUUUUUUGGUCCUGGAUUCUCGGGAUUUGGCCGUUUUAGGGCCAAAUUUGACGGGGAUUUCGGGAAAAAUAUUAUCUAAGGAUACUUUUGAGUGCUGAGUCCUUUUUUUAGUUGAUUUUUGCUUAUUUUAUGUGAUUUUGAUCAGCUUUUGGUGGAAGAAAAAAUAUUUUAGGUAACAAAAUGUAGUCUCGUGGCGGCCGUAGGCCGUCGCCUCAUGCCGGCGGGCUCUUUAGUCGAGCUUAGCGAUGUGGAACUGAACUGAGCUUAGCAAUUAGGGUAAGCUUAGCAAUCUUAACUUCUCGAUCUAAAACAAAGUCGGCAUAGCGUUUUGAGCGCUGCAGCUUUCCACUAGGCUCAGUCUAACGCGUAGCGUUUUUCUGCCGCGGCCGGAGGCCGUCGGCAAAGCUUUGGCGAGCGUUUCUUCCACAUAGCGGAUUUACGUUGGUUUUCGACGUUGAACAGGUCCAAAUCGCGCGCAAAGUUGCCUUUAUCCGCAGAGCUGCCCGAGAGACGGUAGCAGCCGCAGGCUGCGUUAGUCUCGAGCCCUAUCUAGUUAAAGUGUAAUGUAUGCUUAUAUCUAAAGUUUUAUCAAAAAAUAGACGUCGCACAUUGAGCACUUCCUUGGUUAACAAAACCAAUUUAGUCAUCGAGUCCGCCAGAUCAACUACCUCAACGCUUGCUCAAUCACCCAGCUCCUCAUCUCGGUGUUUUGCCUCGCUCUCGCAUUGUGGUUCACUGCGUUUGAUCAUGAGCAUCGCGGGAAGUACAUCAAACACGUAUGUCAACUACAACCUUGGAAAGGAAAGUUGCUUUUAGUGUCUAAUCGUCCGUGCGAUUCACGAAAAACGGAUGGUCUUUGCGAUGUUCACCGCCCUCCUUGGCAUUCAACUGUUUUCUCUGUUCAUGUGGUUGCUAAUCCAGCGUCAAGUCAGUAAUCAGCAGCAAGACCGAAGGGUCCGAAGUCUGUCCGAGGAAAUGGUCGGGGAAAACGUGGGCUGGUGCCUGGUCCUCUUUCUCAGCGGAUUCAUUGGGGUUUAUGAAUAUGUCUAUGACGAGACUAGUGAGUCGGUAAGUAACAGGAGUUUUUUUGACAAAAAACAAUCGAAUUUUGGUCUUUAUAUAGGGCUCGUGCUUUAUAAGUUUCGUCGGCUUUGCAAAAAAAUGUUGCAAAAAGGCGUUCAGAAUUCGCUUUGAACGCCUUUUUGCAACAUCAGUUCAAAUCGUGAAAAAUCGUGAACUGAUUAUUGCAAAAUCAGUUCACGGGGUGAACUGAUGUUGCGAAAAGGCGUUCACGAUUUGAACUGAUGUUGCAAAAUGGCGUUCAGAGCGAAUUCUGAACGCCUUUUUGCAACAUUUUUUUGCAAAGCCGACGAAACUUAUAAAGCACGAGCCCUAUAUAUAGUAAGCCUUGACAUGACUUCUAGGGCCGGCUCGGAUUUUCGGCGGGGUUAAAAUCCGUUACGAUAUUAGCUACAGUCCUAGGUAGACGUGGGAGUUCUAAGCAGCUUCCUAGCCUUGGCCGAAGAAAAUUUGAGACGGGCUGGGCCGAAUACAUUUGGCCCGCCAAUCGACCAGGAAAACUGCAUUUCUUAACGAAGCGAAAUUGCAGUACUAAAAGUAAAAAAAUGUAGGGGAAAUUUUUUGUACAUGUACCAAAUAAUGGCCAAAGUAAAAGGUGACUUGAACAACUUUUAGCUCAGCGCAGCUUGGAAGUCAUGCCUAGUGGAACUUGUACAGCAAACUCUCGUACAACAAAACCUGUCCAUUACAAACAAUUUCAAUGGCCUCAGCGAUAAAUAUUAGGCACAAAAAGCCUCCGCAGAACAAAAUUCUUUUAUGCGAUAGUAUUAUACAAAUAUUUUUUGUCAUUUCUUAAGAUUCGCUGGAGAGGUUUGACUAUCCUUUUAUCUAAUUUUAUCUGCCGUAAAAUGAUCAUAUGACUGAUGUAAAAUUCCUAACACCAAAUUUGACCUUUUCGAUGAUAAAAAAGAUACCAAUUACUCGUUGACCAGCUUCCGUUUCCAGCUUAUCAGUGCGGCCCUGGAGACGUCGUUCGUCCUGGCGCCAUUAAUGCUCAGCCUCUUCCGAGCCAUUUCCAUUUCCUGGAACGUGGAGCCAAUCCGUUUAUCCAUCCUGGACAUCUUCCCCGGCGCGGCCUACUUCCUGCAAAUCGACUACGACAAGGUCUAUCGCUACGAUCGAGAGGUUUCCGGGCUGGAGAAGGCCGAGUCGGAAGAGUGA